CAUACUCUCCAUCAAAUCUUCUCUUAGUAAAGAUCUUUCACCACCAGACACAUUAUUAGCUACGUGCACAAUAUCUAUUUUUUGACAAUGACUCCAAUCCUACCUUCGAUUACAACCGGCAUUAGCAACUAUGAGGAAACCGGCUAUGGAGACCCUGUUCAUAAGAUGUUAGCGCUUACCUGGCAAGCGCAAAACAAAGUGAAACUUCUGGAAACUGCAAGGCCAACUAUUGUUGACAAUGGGGACGUGAUUGUCAAGGUGACAGGAAGCACCAUAUGUGGUAGUGAUCUCCAUCUUCUCCAUUCUGCUAUUCCGGAGCUUCAUAAAAAUGACAUCCUGGGUCAUGAAUUUUGCGGCAUUGUUGAGAAGGUCGGACCAGGAGUCAGGAAUCGCAGAGUUGGUGAGCGAGUGGUAGCUUCCUUCCAGAUUGGAUGUGGCGAGUGCUUCUACUGCCAAAAGAAGCUCUCUUCUCUUUGUGAGCGAACGAACGGUAGCCUUAGUGAGCACGCUCUCUAUGGGCGUCGAACUGCAGGCAUGUUUGGGUAUUCUCACUUUACAGGAGGGUUUGCUGGCGGUCAAUCUGAAUUCGUCCGUGUUCCCUAUGGCGAUGUGAAUCUUCUACCACUACCAGACAAUGUUCCCGAUGAAGUGGGGCUCUACUUGUCGGAUGUGCUGUGCACUUCUUGGAAUGCCGUGGUCGACACAGGUGUUCAGCCUGGAGAUACCGUCGCUGUGUGGGGUGGCGGUCCUGUUGGACAAAUGGCCGUGGAAUUUGCCGUUGUUAACGGCGCAAAGAGAGUUAUACUAAUCGACGGAGGCCAGGGACGCUGGCGUUUGGAUUUCGUGAGAUCCAAAGUCCCACAGCUCGAGACCAUUGACUAUACAGCGCUGCCGAAGGGGGAAACCGUCGUCUCUACUUUAAAGAAGAUGUGUGAUGGACGUGGCCCUGAUGUCGCGAUUGAAUGUGCGGCCGGCGAAUACUCCAAAACACUGGGCCAUACUCUCCAAAGAGCAGUGGGCUUAGAAAACGACACCCCAGAGCUAGUGAACGAGAUGAUUGAGUCAGUCAGGGGCUUUGGAAGCUGUGGUGUGACUGGCAUUUACACAGGUUAUUGCAACGGAUUUAACAUUGGUUCUUUAAUGGAAACCGGUAUUCGUCUUAUCGGAAAUGGACAGGCUCCUGUGCAUAAGUACUGGCAGCAACUUUUGGUACUUAUCCAGCAGGGCAAAAUUAAGCCAUUGAAUAUGGUCACUCAUCGAUUCAAGCUUGAGGAUAUGGAAAAAGUAUACGAUAUGUUUAACCAUCGUGCAGAUGGUAUGCAGAAGAUCUUUGUGGAAACAAAGUACUCAUCGCCGCCGGCCCCUGGCACUCCUGCUUUGACAGUACUUUAACAUCAAGAUGGAAAAGAAUUCGUAUCCACGAGAUACACCAAAGGCUCUUAUAGUUAUUAUUUAUGCCAAAAUAACAAUUUCUUGAGAUUUU